AGAUGUCGGAAAAAGAAAAUUUGUAUCUGAAGCAUUGCAUAGAUACUUGCAGCUGACAAGCGACAGCUUCGGUCAUGAUUGCCCAUUUGAGAAUUCAUGCUGGCAGCCAAGUUGGUGCGACAAGCAUUUUCUGUGUGCAGUUCGUGCUUGUCAAUUAUAUAGUUCAAGGAGAACCAAAUUCCUGUCUGUGUCUUUGUACUUUGCAUUUAGACAACGCGAGUGCAGAGUGGAGAAACUCUUUGGUAUCACAUUCAUAUCGCAGUCAUCCUUAUCUCAGCUUCUCUUCCUUCGCGGGGUUCUGACCAACACGACAGUGUACGUACAUAUCUUACAUUUACUGCUGCUCUUUUCCGGGCCACACCACCAGCCACGUCCGAUGACAAUUUGUUGAGUCCUUUCUCAUAGGUAGUCCUGCAUACACGAUCAGCACCACCUUCACUUCUACUGGCUAAUUGCAUCAAUGUAUCUUCUACUCAUCUUCGAUUCCUUCCGCCCCUAGUCACUCUGAUUUGUUGGAACUGCCUCGACACCCAAUACUGUGUGGCAGAAACACCCAAUCAGAUAGGGAUACUACUACCAAUCAUCAGCCCAUGCUUGUCAUCGAUCCCAAAAUGGAAACCUGGGAGGCUGAGAUAAGUGCUAUGGAGCCUCAGCGGGACAAUCUUCUCACUUUGCCAAAUGCCCAUCUGUGACUAAAUGCAUUUCUCAGUAAGAAUUUUGUCGGUCUUUUGAUAUUUUUGAUAUUUUUCUCAUUCAAAUAUCGUUGUUUAUGUUCCUGCAUCACGUUUUACCGAACGUGGAAUUUUCGAAGUGAGGUCCGUAAGAGGCGCCCUUUGCGAUAUAUACCCUUGUUUUUGUUCUACUGGGAUUUACAGCGUGGGAAAUAGAGAUCGUUCACUCAUUAUACCGCGGUAUUUCUGCGACCAGAAGGGCACAGUCGCUUGAUCUAAAUUUCGAAGACCUUCUUUCGUUGAUACAAUCAGACUUCAUGACAUUAUAGUACAGACCCCGCUGUUCGAAAGUGCAAAUCUCGCGGGCCGAUACCAACUUUCAUGCUGCAGCUUCAGGUCUCACAGCACCAAAUAGUUUGGACAGAAAGAUCGGCAGACGUUAGAUGCUUGUGUUGCACAAUUGCGCUCGCGAUAGCAAGAAGCAUUUGCAGGAUAAUAUCUAACGAAAGACGAACAAUUCGCAUUAGUAAAGUCAAAACACAUAUCGCGAAACAAUGGCAAAUCAAAUGGAUAAUAAAUUCGACAAUCAAUACCCCGAGGGCAUUCAACAAUGUGCAAACAACAAAGAUGGGCAUUGCUACCCCGCUAAUAAAGUUUGCGAUGGAGAAUCCUGCUCGGCAACUACCACAACCCAAGUUACAAUGACGACGAAGUUUCCAAAAUUAUCACACCCGGGCAUCGUAAAGAGAAAAUUGGGUUCGAAUCAUUGGGAUAAAAUACACGAGGCGAUUCAAGGGCGAAAACGGGAUGCAUCAGAAUGUCCGAGCUAUUAUCAAUUAUGCCCUAAAUCGAUGAAUGGAGGAUGCUGUCCAAACAACAGAUCUUGCGGUACAAGUAGUUGUUAUCUCACCAGCGCAGCUCCUGCUUCGGCUUGUGGAGUGUCAGGAUAUACAGCUUGUGGAAUUGAUGCCGGAGGUGGAUGUUGUCCAACUGGCUACUCAUGCGCAAUUGACGGAUGUAGCGCUUCUCCCGGUGUUUCGUAUAGCCAAACUUGUGGAGUCAAUUCAUAUUUAUGUCCGGCUUCAUUGAACUACGGUUGUUGUAAGAAUGGUAUGGGCUGUGGGUUGAGUGAUUGUUAUUCCACGGCAGUAACGACUUUCACAUUGACCGAGACCUUGACCACGACGGACAGCAAUUCGCACACACAGACUAUUACAUCCACAUUAGUUACAGCCUCUACUCCAGCGUCACCAUCAGUCCCGGCGAAUACAUCAAAAGCUUCGGCCGUCCCAAAACUCACACCCACGGCUACCGCAAUACCAAAAGCCGAAGCAACAAAUGGGAGUACACCAACAAGCAGCGGUCUUACGAAACCGGAAAUUGGUGGCAUCAUAGGUGGCGCAGCUUUCAUUCUCCUCGUGAUUCUGAUCGCCGCUUUCUGUAUCUUAAGGCGCCUCAAGAAGGCCACAAAGGCAUUCAAGGAAGCAAAAACACGCAGUGAAUCUAAUGUCCCUCGAUCACAUAGACAUCGUCCUUCAUACCCAUCACCAUCCGAUAUGAGUUCAAUAUCAACCGAUCCUCUGCAAAUGACUAGUUCAGAAGCGUCGCGUAGCGUCCGAAAUUACUCUCACCCAACAACUGAACGAUUUUCAUCUGACCGACACGACGGUCCUGAAGUCGUAACCCCACCUUCCUUUAACCCAUACUCCCCCUUUUCCCCGCACGCCUAUCCUGGUAACCGCGCCCAAACUCAAGGUCGCGGAUACUACCCAGUAGCCACCUCGGAUUCUGCUUAUUCUCAGACAUCGUCGGGCCGUCGUAAUCCCUCUGUUGAAUCCACCCCUCCUCUUCAACAACCACAAUCCUAUUUCGACAUCCCCCCACACCAACAAUCCGAACUCCCUGAUUUCAGGAACCAGAAUUUGCGCCACGGUCAUGAUGUAAGUCCAAUCCGUCGGCCAAGCCAACAUGGAAGAAAUUGGAGCAAUGCCAGCGAUGUCAGCGCAUCAUCAUCUAGUCCCCUCGUCGAACUAGAUGCCGGAGAUGAUGGCGAAUUGAAAUUUUCACUUGGGAAAGCUUGGAAAGUUUUGGGAUUAGGAAGUUGGAAGGGAAAGGUUUCUGCAAAUAGAAAACCGGAAAACCUGUCCCUCAAAGACUCUCCAACUACUACUCUCGAUCGGGAUCUCAAAACCGUCCUUUCAAAUGUGCCGGAGGAAGCGGGCAGUUUCAUGAAUGCGACAGAGGCAGAACAAGAGGUGGAUGAUGAUGAGAUUAGGGCUCAGAGACCUAGAAGUAGUGAUACGGGGAGAGAAUCCCGUACUUCCAGACCGAGGAGCGGUCUUAGUAACGCGGAGUUGAGGGAAGCGAGUAUUCGGAAUGUGGUAAGAGCGAAACCGAGUAAACCAAAGGAAAUCAUGAUUCGAAAUUCGGGAGGUGCGGAGGCGAGUGGGAGUAGGAAUGCGAAUGGCAAGGCUGAUGAGGCGGGGUUUUAGGAGUUUUUUUUAUCUGAGGGCUGGGGAUGGGGGUGGAGGUAUAUAUAUCAUUGUUUGGGUGUGGUUUAAUGGGAUAGGUGAUAGGCUUUGCAUGUGGUUAUGCAUGCAAAGCGGGGGUUUAUAGGUGUAAUAAUAAGGAAUCUUGGAAUACCACGGAAUUUCAUAGUGUUGGGAUAGAGUUUAUUUCCUUGCCUCGCAGGAGAUAUUCGGAUGUCUUUGGAAUGCAAAUACGGAUGGAUGGAUGGAUUUAGUGUAAUUACCUUAUCCCAUGAAUACAUAGUCAUGCACACCGCAUCG